AAGCAUGGUCUGCAGGAAGUCGACCAUUAAAAAAAAUUCUUUCCAACCACCACUAGGUGUUGCUGCAGGAUUAUUGCUUCACCUUCCGUGUUAAUUAAAUGAAAAGAAAAUGAGACAAACUGUCCUCGGGAUAAAUGUCUGUCUUUAAACUGUACCAAAAACAAAACUUUAACAUGUUCAUUGCCAAAUAUCUAGAGUGUCGACAUAAAUAUGACAUUAUAUUCAAAAUGAAGCGCCUCAUCCUGGCGCUUCACUGAAACACUGAGUUUAAAAAGCACUCCAACUACACUGAGAGUAACUAAAGUAUGAGUACUUACUGGUACUGGAUGAUAAUUCUGGAUUCAUUCGUGUGUUUAUCACUUUCAUGAUGUGAAUGACUUGCAGGAAGCUUCAUGAAACUUAAGCUCAUGAAAAAUGGAUUCACAUGUACGAUAAAUGAUAUGAAGGACGAGGAGCAAACAUGGAGAGUGCAGAAGGAAGUACUCGUGUGAAGCAGAAGGCUUUGUUACCGAGUCUGACGUCCCAGUCUGUCCCCGUGACAGCUGCAGUAAUAAAAAUAAUAAGUCAUCAUGGAGACCAGGAGCUCCACAUCUUCAUCCCGUCCACCUCACAGUUCUUAAAAUCGAUCCUCCAUCCAUUAGUCAAUUGAUCAAUAACAGCCUCUUGAUGCAUGCUCAGUCAUCCAGAUGUUUGAUUUUGCUGCGGACUGAUCUGCCGUCGGACAUGGAGGAGGUGAGCGAGGUUCUCUAUCAGCAGGAUCGACUGCAGCUCAUUGUGGAGAAAAGGAAGUGGCAGACGGAGAUCGAGAACAAGAAGCGUCAGUUGGAGGACGACAGGAGGGCGCUACAGCACCUGAAGUCAAAGGCUCUGAGGGACCGCUGGCUCCUGGAGGGAGCAUCUGCUGGACCCGAGCAGAACGAAGUCUGUAGACAGCUGGAGCAGGACGAGGCCCGGACCCGGAGCCUGGAGGAGACCAUCGACAGGCUGCAGCAGGAACUUGUCGGCCUUGAGACUGGAUCUGUCUGUCAGACCAUAACUAACAUUAAAGUGUCAUCAAGACCAGCUUCAGCUGUAGAGGUCAAAGAUCGCGAAAGGCAUCAGCAGGACAGGGCUCCCCUGGCAACUCAGGUGAUCCAAGCCCCUGCAGAGUUCAAAGUUAACAAAAGUCCUCGACUGAACAAACCCAGAGAGGCGACCGAGGAGAUGAAGAAAGCGAUGUACUCGGUGGAGAUUAAAGUAGAGCGGGACAGAGUGACGGGGGAAACCAGGGUUCUGUCCAGUAACACCAAACUUCCUGUUGACCUCUCUGACCAAGGGGUCAAAGUUUAUGAAGAUGAGCAGAAAGUGGUCCAUGAGCUGAAUGGUGAGGAUAUCCACCUGCUCAGCUCCUCUGAGGUUGAAGAGCUCAUCCACAAAGCUGAUGAGGCGUCGAUGAUGUCACAGACUGUCACCACUGUGACAUCCCUCCCGACAGCAGAGGUUCGGGAGGAGUUGGAGCUGAUGCGGUCCAAGUCGCCGCUACCUCAGGUUCCAGUGGAGAUCACAGGGCUAGAGGCCGAAGUGGGUGGUGAGCCGAGCGUGGCUGAGGCGAGCACUGAGAACCCGGUUACCAUGGUGUUCAUGGGAUACCAGAGCGUAGAGGAUGAAGACGAGACCAAGAAGGUGCUGGGGCUGCAGGGCACGGUGAAGGCCGAGCUGGUGCACAUUGAUGACCCAAACGGGAAGACAUCAGGGGGAGAAAAGGAGGCGGAUCCACCUCUGCCCACCUCCAAGGCCCCACCAACCUCCACUAAACCUCCAAUGGCGAUACCAGUGGCAAGCAAUGGGGAGAUGGCAGGGAAGGAGAAGGAGAAGGAGAAGAAGCCGUGUAAGUGCUGUAGCAUCAUGUGACCUGGUGACCUGUGGGGGGGGUGCCGCCUUGAAACGUAGCACGCAAAUACAAAAAUAAAAAGGACUGAAAACUCCUCCCAUUGCUCACAGCCCUCCCAACAUCACUUCCUGUUUUUUCCUUCAGGUGUAUAAAGCCUCUCUUUACUUUUUCUAUUUUCUUGAAGCCUUUUUACUUUUUUACUCUGCACGUCUGUACUUACAUGUCUCAGUGUUAGCAUAGCCUCAGUGUUAGCCUCCGCCUUCGCUGUGCCAGGAUGUUUGUAGCUCCUCCCCCUCCUUUCUGUGAAUGUAUUAUUAUAUUUAUUAGAAGCUGUCUGAGUUUUUAAAAGAAGAAAUAAAAUGAGCAGAAACUAGUCUGCUUUUGUGCCGCAGCCUAAAUUCUUCACCUCCACCUUCUAUAUGGACCAACAAGUACCUCUCUAUCCCUCAAGGGAAAUGAUUGUGUUCGAGCAGUAGGAUGAAGACGGUCCAGUCUACAAUAAAUAAACACAGUAAAAGUGCCACGGGCACUGAAAACUGUGUAAAAUGUUACAUAUACAGCAGUGAAAACAAACAAAGACAAUAAAAAUGGGCAGAGUAAAAGAUUGUGCAAACUAUAACAUUAAUUAAUGUGUACACUAUAAAUCUGAUAAACAGCUACAUGAAGGUUUAAUACAGAAAUGCAUGUUUGGAGUCUUAUACCUGACAGGUCUGUUCACCUGUCCUUGAAUGAGGUCUUAUCCUGCAGACUCGUGCAUGGCUCUGUGUGAUCAGAGGUUUUAAUCCAGCACUGCUCAAACCAAUGAUCUUUACAGGAAACAGAUGAGAACUCGAAGCUGCUGUCGUCUUUAUUGAAUAAAAUUAAACGUUUUAAUUGUUGAUUGCUUCUUUGACCUCUGAAAGUUUGAAAAGCAUUCGCUGAUCUUCGUCUCUGUGGAAAUCUUUUGAAGCGUGCUGCAUUGAAAGUCUGACAUAACCUCAGAGGAUUCACUCACACUGGGCUCCAUCAAACAGCACUCACAAUCCCAUCAGCUGUUUUUUGAUCCACCCGCUGAGUCAGCGACGCUCGCCAAGAGGAUCCAACUCUCACAGCUCAGCGAUCGGACUGCCACACACACCCUCAUACACGUCAUUGCCAAGUGUAGCAGAUUUCAAAUGGUAGACUGUUUUAUGAUGACAAACAGGGACUGGUUGCAAAACUGGCUUUAUUUUCUAAGCAUUUUCACAGCAGCAGGUGUUUCUUAAUCCCAAUGUGGAGUCCAUGCAACUUUGGCCCACAAUAUUUAAAAAACAUAAAAAUAUCAAAACAAUGGUUUCUCUCAACAGCCACUUCAAAAUCAAGUGUAAUAGCGGGGUAAAACUGAGACAAAUAUGAAGCAAAGUAUACUUCAAAAUAAACUACUGAUAAUCACUUAUAAUAUUUAAAUCCCCACUAAGAUGGAUCAAUUACAAAACACAUAUUCAUACAAAAGUAAAUUUUCCCAACACAACUGAAAAUACUAUUUAACGUGCAGCCUUAUAUGACAAACUCAUUAUACACAUAAAACAAAAUCUGUACAUGACUAACAUUUAAGUCAAGUCAAGCAGAGUUUUAUUGUCAACCCAACAAUAUAAACUCAAGUACACAGUGGGACAAAAUAGCGUCCUCCUAGAUCAAAGGUGCAAACUGGAAAAAUAAACUGG